UUAAUACCCUCUACAUGUUUUGGAUCCUAAAAGUUUUAACUCUCACUCACCCAUAAGUUUUGUGUGAACUAGUUUCUCUCGAGUGAAGGAAAAAUGGCCCAAUGUGAGGGAAGAGGCAGUGCAAGUCGAACCACCAUGGUCGUUUUGGUGACAAUGGUGUGGCUCAUGGUUCAAUCCAUUGGACCAGUGGAUGGUGCGGUUUAUACGGUUGGAGACUCUAAUGGUUGGUCCUUCGGCUCCAAUACUUGGACCAAAGGAAAGCGGUUCAAAGCAGGCGAUACCCUCGUCUUUAACUAUGAUUCAACGAUCCAUAACGUGGUGGUGGUGAACAAAGGAGGUUAUAAUGGUUGCACAGCUUCGGCAGGUGCGAAAGUGUACAACAGUGGAAAGGACCGUCUGAAGCUCUCUAAAGGCGUAAAUUUUUUCAUAUGUAGCAUCGCUGGUCAUUGUCAGUCUGGGAUGAAUAUCGCCGUAACCGCUGCUUAAUGUAAUCUCUUCGGUUUAUUAAUAAAUAAAAGUUGUUAUUGUGUGUCAGUUCCAUGAAUAAUGAUAUUAAUUUGUUUUGACGAAA